AAGACCCAAGAUAAUGGAGUGUUAAUAUUUGUUGUUGGGCAGACAGGAUACACUAUGCUGAAGAUAAAACACAGAAAGCUUGUGUACAUUACCAAAGACACACUGUCAGGCCACCUGUCAGAGUUCAUUGUGGACUCCCCCGUGGCCGACGGGUUUUGGCAUGUCCUCUCCUUGUUCAGCAAUGGACAGAACACAUCUCUGCUUCUGGAUAGUGAAUCCGUCUUGAACAUCACCAACCGCAGUAUAGAUCUCACUCCUGUUAGUGUGGAAAAGAUUAUUUUUGGUGCAGCUCUGACAGCUGAUUCGAACCUACAACAGUUAGGGUUCACUGGCUGUGUGCAGUAUUUCAAUGUGAACGGUUACACUCUGCCUGUCAGUGGACAGAGUGUGAUGAUGGACGUCUGGCCGAGCUCGACUCUUGUCCAGUCAAGCUGCAGCUCUCCGGGUGUCUGCCUCCCCUCGCCGUGCUCUGAACAGGACACAGCCAGGAGGCGUUGUCUCUCUGCACACUGUCAAAACCGGUGGAGUGUGUGUGGACCUGCCGGGCAGAACAGGUCCUGCGUCUGUUUACACAACGUUUCAGACCACGCCUGUGAUAUCUGCAUCUCUACAACAGAGAGCCGUAAUCAAUGCUCUGAGAUGCAGGGCAGUGUGCCUCUGUGGCUCACAGCUGUGAUUCUUCCUCUGAUCUCCGUCCUGGUGAUUAUAGGAUUGUGUGUUGCCCUUUACAGAGUGAGGCGUAAGAAUGCAAAGUGUCAGAGUGAUAGCUCGCCAAAGAAAACAGAGCAAGGGACAGACAAUGUAGCGUUUCGCUGUGAUGACAACAGAACUCUUGCUGAUGCUGCGUGUGCAGAAAAAGAGAAACAACACGAAACAAUGAGCGCUGAUCAGCAGAGGUUAGGUGUGGAGUUUUGCGGUGAUGCCAGUCUAUCAAGUGUUCAGCCGGUGCCAAACAGUGAGCUGGAGUAUUAUGAAAUCGGCAGCAUCUCUAGUGCGAUUCACUCAGACAGUGCCUCACUGACACACCACCUGUACGACACAAAGUGUGUGAAAGCUGAUCCUAAACGGUGGGGAGAUUUGAGGAUGCUGUUAGCAGGAUUUAAAAAAGAACACUCCAGUGGUGAGAGGCCUAAAAGUCCAACGGAACCUCAAGAUGUGGCUUUCCUAAACAAGCAGUUGUUGACUAAGAUCGAUGCAGAGCACUCCCAGCAAACACCGCCUCGUUACAAAAAGAAGUUCCAACAACCAGAGUUCCUGGAACCUGCACAAUGCCUCACCUUUGAAGAAAUUAGCAAACUAAACACUCCUCGGGAGCAAACAAUGUCACCUCGAGCAUCCCCGAGGCCUGAACCUGCCAAGUCCACCACGGUGAUCGGUGCUUCGUCUGACAGUGAAACAGACAGCACAUUCACCUGCUCAGAGUCUGAGUGUGGACAGUUUUCUCUCAUCAGCGCCAGGAAAUGUAUCCAUGACCAGUCAUCCCAGUCAGUGUGCAGCUUCAGACACACCUGUCAUUCUGCUGCAGGUCUGCAUGAAGCGCAGAGUGCUUCAUCCAGUAUGUUUGAGCAAUGGGAAAGUAUUUUAAAUAUGCAACUACCUUUCAGCAGCUAUGCUCCUAUAUUUGAGGAACUUGCAUGUCUACCCACUGAGCCCUGUCACAGCAAUGAUAUUCACAGUGACAUAGAGGAGACUAUCUGAUGGCCAUUUGGUGUCGUGAAUGAGUCAGGUGGAAUAAUGGUAAAUAUUUAGGCAGUCUGUUACUUUAUUGAAAUGAUUUGAUACACCAAAUUUGAUUAAAAAUGUUAAUUAAUGAAAUGUAAAUCAUAUGUUUUAGUUUACACUUUGACCAGGCAGUGAGAGAUGUUUCACAUAAACCAAACCUCUUGAUCUUUUCAUGUUUUCAUGGUUAUUUGUAUAUCUUCAGAGCAGCUGGAAGAUUUAUCUGGUAAUGAUGGUUAAAUGUUUAAAACCCAUCUCAAGACAACCACGUUUAAUGUAAAUCCCACACAAACUAUUUAUAUGCCUCUAACAGUUCCCGUCUUCUCUGUUUCGUAACCUCCUAACUUCUAGUACUAUACCUUGGAAAAAAUGCCUAAAAUAACAGAACAAUAAUUAAUGAGGAAUAGCUCCUUAACCAUUAGACUUAUAUACCUGUUCUCCUUUAAAAUGUUAGGGGCUAAGGAAUUUGAAUCCAUUGUAAGUAAACUAAACUAUAUUACCAUUCCAUUACCAUGAGAAGCAAUGAAGGAAAAAAUAGGAUUUUUAUCCUUGCCUAGUAUAAAAUUGAAAUUUCAAAGACAUAUGGACAGUCAUGCAACUGAACGUGUUCUCUGCCUCUGACUUCAACUGUGUCUAUACAUGUGAUGAAAAUACACUCAAAUACAACAUUCAUGAUACAAUUUAUGAGGCAAUCUCAGUGUUUUGGCCAUUGCUGUUUACAAGUUAACUGUUUACGGGGAGUUUUACUUCAAGACACAUUUUAUUCCCAUAUAGCCAUGUUACAAUUAACAUCAUUUAACAAAUUUAAAUAGUUAUAAAAACAAUGAAUAUUGUUCAAGAUUCAUAUGACUCAGGAGCUCCAUGCUGUACAGGCAGUAA